CAUUCCUAGAAUUCCUAAUUUCUGAUUGGCAACAUUGAUAACAAAGUUUGAGGUGUCGCGAAAAUUGGGGCUGGGGGUAAAAAGAUGCUGGAGAUUGGAGAAUUGAAAAAAAAAAAUGGAGACAGACGUUAAAUUGGAAUGACAGCUACAACUGAAACUCUGACCGUCGGGCUAAUGACAUAUAACCUCUAGAUCAAAUGAUAAACAACAUACUGUUUCCUGGUAAUUUAAGUUGUAAAAUAAUAUUUAUUAAUGAAAAAUUAUGUAAAUAUGGACGGUGAGAUCAGCCAAGUAGAUCCCGAGUAUUUGCUGGGCCAACUCAAUACUGCGAGACGGGAAAUAUAUAAUUUAAGGCAGCAGAUAAAAAGUCUAAAGUACGUUUUUGAAAAAGAUGUUGAUAAUAUUAAGAGACUUAUUGGACUGCAAGCAUCUGCAGGAAUUGUUGAAGUCGCUGAGCCGGCUGUGGAAGCUUCAACGUCGCAGUCCACCAGCUUAAAUUUAGAGCCUAUUGGUGUUAUUAACACUGGGUUUCCUAGCAAACGCGGGACUCCAAGGCAACCUGGAAUUGGCAAAGAGUCAAGGGGAAAAAUAACUUUGUUUAAUACUGUGUUUACUAAUCCUGAACAUGCACUCAAUGGACUUGAAGAUUUUUCUCACAUGUGGAUUUUGUUUCACUUUCAUAGAAACGAUUCAACCCACGUGCGAGCAAAAGUAUCACCACCGCGCCUGAACGGUGCUCGAACAGGAGUAUUUUCAACGCGUUCACCACACCGUCCCUGUCCAAUCGGCCUAAGCCUGGUGAAAAUCUUAAGUAUCGAAGGGAAUACUAUUUUAUUCGAAGGCGUAGACACCGUAGACGGGACUCCAGUGUUGGACAUAAAGCCUUACAUUCCCCAGUACGACGACCCUCUGCACAUCGAGCAAGAAAUCCGACGAGAAAAUCUUGACGACCGGCUGAGUCUCUACGACUCGGCGUUUAAUGGCAACAUCGAAGGAUGCUUAGCCGAUGAAGAGGGCCAAGACGUGUCUAGAGACGAGGAGUUGGCGAUGAGACUGCAAGCCGAGGAGUUCCAGGGUAUAGGUAAUGAUCAAAACUUACCACAAAGAUACUCUAGAUCCUUGGGUCCAAACCCGUUGACUGAAAAUGCAAGUAACGUAGAAGCGAGCAGCAGAGAAUCUUCCGAAAAUCCCAUGCCAGGACCUUCUGGACUAGGGUUGGAAAAUCAGACCCAAGAAGAGUCUGAAGACGCGAGGAAUUCCCGGCUACUGGACGGCGCUGAUGGACCCAGCAUCGUUUGCGUGACUGACAUGGAUUUGAUAAACCGACGGGCAUUGAACCCGCGUCUGGACAAUUCUCCAGUCAGGAUGGGGGUUAGAGAGGCACCUGAUGGAGAAGAAGGAUUUGAAUCGCAGCCUCUGAGGUCGUCUUUAACUGUAGGAAAUAUUCAGAGCAUUCCUGCGGCUGGUACUUUCCAAAGUUUUCCCACGAGAUCCAGCGCAGACACUCAAACUCAAUCAGACAAUCAAUUUCAAGUUAGAGUUCCUGAUUGGAUCUCUCAACCAUUAUCACCCUCGUUGUCGGUAGUUUUUAAUGAACGUGCUGUGAGACAGCUUGUCGAGAUAGCCAAGGACAAAGCUGAGGAGCAAAAACGCGCUAUUGUAAAUGUACUUCGUGAAGAUCCGCGAUCUGUUUACUUACGCCAGCGUUGGGCUAAUCAGUUUUAUACAUUUUUAAUUAACGACUUACAUAUUAGUUGUAGAUUCGACGAUACUAGACGUAUCGUUACUGUCUUUCAGGUACGACACGCUGGACGUACAUGCGAAUGCGGUGAGCCUGAAUGGCAAUGUCUUGGCCACUCGCCUAUAUCUUAAAUAAUUAUUAUGAAAUUUAUGGAAAUUAAGUUAGCCGACA